AUGGCCACACCCGCUCCCGCCCAGAACCCUACUAUGAGCCCCUUCGUGGCCGCGGUCUCCACCCAUCUCUCCCACGUCUUCAUCAUGGAAGUCUGGGACAUCCACAACGUCUUCGCCGCCGACGGCUCCGUGAACCGCGGCUUCCGCGAGCGCACACGCCGCCCCCCAGCUGCCCCCACCUCACCCGCAUGGACUCCACCCAACUACACGACUGGAGGCAGCGGUCUGCAACGCGGCACUCGUAUGACCGAUCACGAGCCUGCAAUGGCCUUGCCGACUAUCAGUGAGUGGUCGAACUCUAGUGCCCGCUCGACAACAGGGUCGACGCUGUCGGAGAUGGCCAGGAGGAACAUGGAGCUUGGAGAGAUGCUGCAGCGUUCCAAUAGGGACCCUGUGGCUAAUGCUAGGCACCGACCUACUGAGCCUACUGUCCCAAUCCCAAUCGACAUUGAGGCCCUUACUGGGCCCCGUCCCGCCCCGCAGUUCCAGCCCCUGUCGCUAUAUCCCUCCGCUAUGGAGAGCUCGGCCGCAGUCUGUCAAACCUUGAGUCCGGCAAUUGAACCUAGGCACAGAGGACAUAGCGUCCAGUUCGGUGACAGGAAGAGGCACUUGCAGCCUACACGCGACAGACGCUCCUUGCCGCUUGUCUCACCGGAGUGGCUCACGAGGGAGCAGAAUGAUGCGCUGAUUAUUCUCCUAGAGGAGGAGGAGAAUGAGAGUGGCACUGCACAGGGGUGUCGGUUUUGCGGAGGUACGUGUAACAGGGGCAGGGAUAUGUGUGCGUUUUGCAUCUUGUCCUUUGAGGGAGAUGGCCCGGAAAAAAUUGGAAGAUAA